AACGAGCAAAAACAGGAGCAAGUGAAUAUUUCUCUCCUCACUCUGUGCGUUUCUGCUGCCGUUAACAUGAACAUGGAGUCGUCUUAUCAGCAGGUGACACAGUGAUCUGACUCCAGGAACGUGUCAUGAGCACCGAGAAGGAGCGUGACGUCCUGAACGAGGAGGAGGAGAAGGAAGUGAAGGAGGAGAAGAAGCAGGAGCUGUCGGAGGAGCAGGAGCUGGAGGAGCUCCGGGCGCAGGUGCUGCAGCUCCUGCUCGAGCUGGAAGAGGCUCGAGACACGGCGCAGAAACACGAGGAGAGCUUUCUGGAGCUCCAAGGUCUUCUCGAUGAAGAACGUUUAGCUAGUGCUCAUCAGGCCGAGGCCUUCACCAGACAAAUCCAGCGUUUGCAAGCCCAGCUUCGUUCAGUCCAGGAGGAGAUGGACAGUCUGGAGGAGGAAAAGGAGAGCGAGCUGCUGGAGGCACAGGAGGAGCUGCGGGCGGCACAGGAGGAGGUGCUCGUUCUGCAGCAGGCAUCGGAGGAGGCUGCGGCCGAGAGGGAGAAUGAUAUCGCCAGUCUGCAGGAGGAGCUAUGCCGCUUACGGGCUGAAAUCGCACGGUUGGAGGACACCGGACAAGAGUAUGAGCUGGAGAUGGUCACACUCCGGGCUGAAAUAGAAAUGAAGAGCCAGAGCCGUCUACAGCAGAGGAAGGAGGGUGAUGUGGGUCAGCUGACUGAGGAUUGUAAGAGUCUGAGGGAACAGUGCCAGGCACUGCAAGAGGAAAACACCAGACUGGCUCACAGACUGCAGAUGCUGCAGAAGAGGAGUUCCGGCAGUUCCUGCGUCACUCUUAAGAAGAACAGGAGGAGACAGACGAGGGAACAGAGACAGAAACCGAAGUUUCUUUAAUGAGCAUGGAUCAGAUGAGCUCCAACUGCAGGCUGGUGGAUGCUGGUAUCCAGAAGAAUAUCUCGUUUGAUGGGAAACCAGUCACCCCCACCAGCUGGACAGGAGGAUUUCCAGAGAUCCUCUCACUGAGAGACCAGCUCAAACAGACUGAAGAGAAGGCCACACACAUGCAGAGAGAAUGUCACGGACUCAAGAAUGAACUCCAGAAUCUGCGAGAGAUGUAUGAGACGAGUCAGAAGGAGCGAGCUGAGCUGGAGCUGGAGUUGUUGCGCUGCCGAGAAGAGCUGGAGAAGAGCACUGACGUCAAAGAGGAAUGAUGCUGAUUAAAAUCCACUGAUUUUUUGCUGAAGGUCUGAACUGUAUUGUAUAAAGAUCAAAAGAAUCCAUGAUCAACACUCAUCACAGCCUCUACAGUCACAUCUGGAGUUGUUUUCUUUCUAUGUCCUUUUGUCCUUCUGCAAUAAUAACAACCCUUUAAGACAAAAAGGUCCCACUAUAGAUCACUUUAUUUCAGUUCUGGUCCACAUACGGCCUAAAAAUCAAUCCGUUUCUCACCUCUCUUAUAGUUUUACUCUGAUAUCUCACCUGUACUUUAUAUUAGUUUAGCAAAAGUUUUAAUGACGUUUUAGAUUUGUUCAGCAUUUAGCUGCUGUGUUGUGUUGUGGGUUUGUUGUAAAUAUAUUUCAUAUGUAAAGUCUUUAUUGAUGAAUACUUUAUAAUGAUAAUAAAAAUGAUGAGUAAACACGGUAGUAAACACAGUAAAUACUAUAAAUAAACUCUUAUUUUACAUGUUU